AUGACUGCGGCAACAAUCGAACCACUCAGACAUCCUAAUCCGUUUGAUCGGAAAGAAGAGGGUUUGGUGAUCAUAGACUGUCCGCAUAUUAGUAACAAAAAUGAGCAGGCUCGCGGGAACAUUCAGCUUUCAGUGCCAUGGUGCAAACAGAAAGCAGAAUUAUCAAUGGAAGAUAGAGCGAAAGUAAACAAACUGAAAACCAACGCUACAUCAGUUAUGAUAUGA